AUGAAUGCCCUUGAAGAGCUUAGAAAUGAGGCCUACACUAGUUCUUUGAUAUACGAAGAAAAGACAAAGAAUUGGCAUUACAAAAGAUUAAAGGGUAAUAAGGACUUUCAUGAAGGACAAAAGGUGUUACUAUUUAAUUCAAGGUUCAAACUUUUCCUGGGCAAGCUAAAGACACGAUGGGAUGGUCCAUUUAUAGUGAAGAAAGUUUUUCCACAUGAAGCUAUUGAGCUUAUAUCAAGAGACGAAACUCCUUUCAAGGUUAAUGGUCAUAGAGUGAAGAGAUAUGAAGAAGGAAUUCCAAGAGAAGAAGGUCUUGAAGAAGGGAUGCUUCUGGGAGGAACUACAGAAACUUAA